AUGUCGAACUUCAAUGCGGCCCCUCCUAUGUGGAACAUCUAUACGGCGCCCCGAGGCCUGACGUACCGGUAUCAUAGGCGGAUCCAGGAGGCCAACGGGGCGCCCCCACCCUAUUGGCGGCGCAUAAUAGGGGGAAAGAAAGGGAAACAAGUGAAUGAGAAAGCCCCACUGGACAAGGUUUGUUUGUUGGGUUGCGGUAUCACCACCGGCUAUGGAGCUGCCCUCAAUACAGCAAAGGUGGAGGAAGGUUCGGCCUGUGCAGUGUGGGGGGUUGGCUGCGUAGGUUUAGCCGUGAUCAUGGGAUGUCAGGCUGCCGGUGCUUCUAGAAUCAUCGCUGUCGAUAUCAAUUCAGAUAAGGAAGAGAUUGCUAGACAGUUUGGUGCAACCGAGUUCUUUAAUCCCAAGGAUCACGACAGACCCUCGCAACAGGUCUUGGUGGAAAUAACCGAUGGCGGUCUGGAUUAUACGUUUGAGUGCGUCGGGAAUAUCCACACCAUGCGUGCCGCCCUUGAGAGCUGUCACAAGGGAUGGGGCGUGUCCACGAUCAUCGGGGUAGCUGCUGCGGGACAGGAGAUUUCUACCCGGCCAUUCCAACUGGUUACGGGGCGCACCUGGAAGGGAACAGCCUUCGGAGGGUUCAAGUCUCGUGAUGGAGUACCUCAGCUGGUCGACAAGUAUAUGGAUGGAAAGCUCAAAGUUGACGAGUUUAUCACACACACUCUGCCAUUCGAUAAAAUAAAUGAAGCAUUUGAUCUGAUGCAUGCCGGGAAGAGUGUCCGAACAAUAGUGAACUUCUAGAUCAAGCCGACGAGUAACUUCCAGAGAAACUCCACCAAGCCUCUUCAGUACCUUCCGUAACGAAACAAUGAUUCUUUCGGGUUGAAUAUAACAUGAUUUUUAUAAUUCUGGGACAUUUGUUCCGGCAACCAUAAAUCUGCACAUUUAAACUACACUGAAUUCUAGUCUGGGUCAUAAUUCUAAUCCUGAUCAAUUACCAUUGCAGUAUUCUGAAUCAAAACUCCUAUCGCACACCCAACCCUCCUCCUAUUCACAGGGAUGAUACUCUUCAGACUUAUGGGGCAUUGCAAGAAACUUGCGAUCAAUGUUUAGUCCAUUUCGGUCCCUAAAUCAAUCAUAAGUCUUGCAAUUAAUUGCAAAUUUGUGAUUGAUUGCUUGCUAAUCUGCUCCUUGAAACAAGCAGAGUAAUUUGAUUUAUUUUCAGCUAACGUUGAUCUACCAAUUGUAACGUUGCAACAGAAUAUUUGCAAUUGAAUGCAAAUAUUUUCUUGCAACACCCCCUUAGAGUCUGAAUUCAGACCUUUGCAACCCAUUUGCAGCCAUAAAAAACUUUUUGUGUUAGGAAAAGGUUAAUUUUAGCUGAUUUUCAGACUUUUUAAUCAAUUCUCAGUGCCAUGCCUGUUUUUAAUCGUAUCCAGUUGUGCUAACUGGGAUGCUGCUUUUCAGAUCAAAGUUUGAAUUCGGGCUUUUUCAACCUAUUAUGAGCUAUAGAAAACACCUUUUUGGGUAGGAAAAGGGUCGUUCUAGUUUUCCAGACUUUUAAAAUCAAUUCUAAGUGGCAUCUCUGUGUACAAGAAAUCAAACGCAAGUCGCUAAUACCCGCUUCUGAUUGGCUUACAGUCAAGAUGCGAUGGAUUUUUUUAGACUUGCGUUUGAUUGUAGAUGGACAGGAAGAACUGUCGCAGGAUCAAAUAUCCGGUCACCAACUAUUCUUUGGAUUUUAAUUGUGGUUAAAGUCAUCCCACUUUUGAGUAUUAUUAUGUGUUCUCAUAAAGAGUUGUAAGAUUAAAUAAGUCAGGGUUAGUAUUUACCAUUAUUUACUGUUUUGCGGAAAUUCUAUAUCGGUACUUUUGAAUGGCUGGAGGAGAAAAAGUAAGGAAAGCUAUUAUACCUGCCGAUAAUGUGGAUUAGAGAGAAGAAUAUCAGGUAAUGAUUACAAAUAAACAAUUAUGAGAUUAAGAGAGUAACAAUCUGUAUUUACCCAUCAUUAACUAUUUUGAGAGAAGUGAAUAUAUUUAAGGGAUCUGAGGAAAAGAGAGGAAAGUUAGUUUGAGAAAAAGAAAGGACUUGUUAUAAAAGCAUAUAAUGAUUGCAAUUCCGUGGAGGGGUCCGAUUUUUUAUUUUAAUAUUAUCACAUGAUUUUAGUGUGGAAUAUCCUGGUAAUCAGCAUAUUGUUGUGAUCAAGUAUAAUGUUAAUUUGGAUGAUCGUUUAACUUUCGUAUAAUCCUCUAUGGCAGAAACGACUCUAUAUUCGUUCACGAGACUACUGCUAUGGCACCGAAAGCUGGCUCGUUCAUUUUGAAAAACCUCCAUUUUUUCAUCAUGUAAUUUUUCUGAAGAGAAUGCAUGUUAAAGUGAAAUUUUUAUAUCGUGUAAGGAUAUGAUCUAUAUGUCAGUGCCAAUGAUCACCCAGUGAUUAAAAUGACAAAAAAAAAGUGAUUUUGUACUCGGGCUGCACGACAUUGAAAUUACCAUUGAAACCUGGUGGGUGUUUCAUAAAGCUGUUCAUAUUACACACAACUUUACGCACAACAGGAACAUGUUCUUAGGUCUUGUAUCAAUUAUACAGGGAUAUCAUUUAGCACAAGAAAGGAUCACCAGUCGUGCAUAAAGUCAUUCGUAUCUUGCGAACAGCUUUAUGAAACGCCCACCAGGCAUUGAACGUCAAUGAAUAGACAAUAUAUCACCAUUCAUUGGGUUAUAACAGCUGGUGGGUGUUUCAUAAAGCUGUUCGUAAGUUAAGAGCAACUUUAAGAACGACUGGUGAUCCUUUCUUGUGGUAAAUGGUACAUCGAAUUGGCGAUGGUUUAGCGCUUAAGAUGGGUUCACCAGUCGUUCUUAAAGUCUCUCUUAACUUACGAACAGCUUUAUGAAACGGCCCCCUGGUCAUAAUGGAAAAUCCAAAUGGAAUGUUCGAUAUCGUGCAGCUCCUUACUUGUACUACAAAUAUAUUGCAUCUGUAUUUUUGUGAAGAUUUUGUGCCCGUCAAAAUUGACAUAAAUACUAUUGAAUUAUUUUCAAAAUUAUUGUGCCAUAAUAAAUGCAUAAGGAAUGGA